AUGUCUUCAAGUGAAUGGGGGAAAAACUUUGAAAAUAUUAAGGCGUCAUCUUUGUCUGAUAAUUGUGUUUUUGUUGCUAAACAAUUUUUCAAAUUUAAUAAUAUCAAGACCAAUUCAAAUGAGAACAACGAUGUAUAUUGUUCCAGGUAG